CCCCCCGCCUUUCCCCCUCUUUCUGCGUAUCGCUGUUUGGGGGGCUUUCACCAGUUUUUAAACGAUUAUUAUCACCUCUCCCUCCCCCCUCCGCUUUCCCCACGCGGCCCCCCACCUUCACCUCCCCAAGUUCUUCACCCCUUUCAACAUUGUUUUUUCAAGGCUGAUGGGGGGGUAGUGGAAGAGAAAGAGUAAAGAAAAGUUGCAAACGUCUCUUCUCUGCCUAAGCCUCCCGCCCCCACCCACCUCGCAGAGAAGGAGAAGAUAAUAUAGUGAAAAGAAGAGGAGGAGGAGGAGAGCGCGACGGGACGGACGCGGGCGCGAGCGCGAGCGCAGCCUCCCUCCCGGCUCCGCGGCGGCGCCUCGCCACUCCGGGAGGCGCGGGGGCCCGAGGGGAGACGCCGUGACAACUUUCGUUUCCCCCAGACGGCGUCGGGAGGUCGGCGGCCCCCAAAGACGAGACAUGAAUUACCCAUGUUACAGAUGAGGAAACUAAGACCUUAGAGAGACUGAGUAAUUGAUCCACAUCCCAAAGCAAGUAAGAAGUGGUGCUAGAACUGGAGCUGAGAUCUGCUGACUCCUUCUCAGGCUUUUCAGUUCAGUGCGAAGCUGUCAGAGCGAGGGAGCAAAGGUAAAGAAUGAUGUAAUGCACUGGCCGCCCCAAAGCAUCUUUUGUUGUGGCAUGGUUAUUCCAGUCAUCUCUUUAUGAAUCAGAUGUGAGGGGCUGCUUUGUGGAAGGAGCCCUUUGCAAGAGCACAUCAGCGGGAAAGAGAAAGAGACAUUCACUUGGAGGGCUCUUGCUGAAAAUGGGUUUAACUCUGCUUUUGCCAGUCACCACCAGCCUGACCUCAUACAGUUGUAGUACAAUGGAGUGGCUGAGCCUUUGAGCACACCACCAUUACAUCAUCGUGGCAAAUUAAAGAGGGAGGUGGGAAAAGAGGACUUAUUGUUGUCAUGGCCCAUGAGAUGAUUGGGACUCAAAUUGUUACUGAGAGGUUGGUGGCUCUGCUGGAAAGUGGAACGGAAAAAGUGCUGCUAAUUGAUAGCCGGCCAUUUGUGGAAUACAAUACAUCCCACAUUUUGGAAGCCAUUAAUAUCAACUGCUCCAAGCUUAUGAAGCGAAGGUUGCAACAGGACAAAGUGUUAAUUACAGAGCUCAUCCAGCAUUCAGCGAAACAUAAGGUCGACAUCGAUUGCAGUCAGAAGGUUGUAGUUUACGAUCAAAGCUCCCAAGAUGUUGCCUCUCUGUCUUCAGACUGUUUUCUCACUGUACUUCUGGGUAAACUGGAGAAGAGCUUCAGCUCGGUUCACCUGCUUGCAGGUGGGUUUGCUGAGUUCUCCCGCUGUUUCCCUGGCCUCUGUGAAGGAAAGUCCACUCUAGUCCCUACCUGCAUCUCUCAGCCUUGCUUACCUGUUGCCAACAUUGGGCCAACCCGAAUUCUUCCCAAUCUCUAUCUUGGCUGCCAGCGAGAUGUCCUCAACAAGGAGCUGAUGCAGCAGAAUGGGAUUGGUUACGUGUUAAAUGCCAGCAACACCUGCCCCAAGCCCGACUUUAUCCCCGAGUCGCAUUUCCUGCGAGUGCCUGUGAAUGAUAGCUUUUGUGAGAAGAUUUUGCCGUGGUUGGACAAAUCAGUCGAUUUCAUUGAGAAAGCGAAAGCCUCCAAUGGGUGUGUCCUCGUGCACUGUUUAGCUGGGAUCUCCCGCUCCGCCACCAUCGCUAUUGCCUACAUCAUGAAGAGGAUGGACAUGUCCUUAGAUGAAGCUUACAGAUUUGUGAAAGAAAAAAGACCUACUAUAUCUCCAAACUUCAAUUUUCUGGGCCAACUCCUGGACUAUGAGAAGAAGAUUAAGAAGCAGACUGGAGCAUCAGGGCCAAAGAGCAAACUCAAGCUGCUGCACCUGGAGAAGCCGAAUGACCCUGUCCCUGCGGUCUCAGAGGGUGGACAGAAAAGCGACAUGUCCCUCAGUCCACCCUGUGCCAACUCUGCUACCUCAGAGGCAGCAGGGCAAAGGCCUGUGCACGCUGCCAGUGUGCCCAGCGGACAGCCAUCACUGUUGGAGGACAGCCCGCUGGUACAGGCGCUCAACGGCCUCCACCUGGCCUCAGACAAGCUGGAAGACAGCAGUAAGCUCAAGCGUUCCUUCUCUCUGGAUAUCAAAUCCGUUUCGUACUCAGCCAGUAUGGCAGCGUCCUUGCAUGGUUUCUCCUCAUCAGAAGAUGCUCUGGAAUAUUACAAACCUUCCACCACUCUGGAUGGGACCAACAAGCUAUGCCAGUUCUCUCCAGUUGAGGAAGUAUCAGAGCAGACUCCAGAAACCAGUCCCGAUAAGGAGGAAGCCAACAUCCCCAAGAAACCUCAGACUACCAGGCCUUCAGAUAGCCAGAGCAAGCGAUUACACUCAGUAAGAACCAGCAACAGUGGUGCCACCCAAAGGUCCCUCUUAUCUCCGCUGCAUCGAAGUGGAAGUGUGGAGGACAACUACCACACUAACUUCCUUUUUGGCCUCUCCACCAGCCAGCAACACCUCGCGAAGUCUGCCGCAGGGCUGGGCCUCAAGGGCUGGCACUCGGAUAUCUUGGCUCCCCAGACCUCCACCCCUUCCUUGACCAAUAGUUGGUAUUUUGCCACAGAGUCCUCUCACUUCUACUCUGCCUCAGCCAUCUAUGGAGGCAAUGCCAGUUACUCCGCCUACAGCUGUAGCCAGCUGCCCACCUGCAGUGACCAAGUCUAUUCUGUGCGCAGGCGGCAGAAGCCAAGCGACAGAGCUGACUCGCGGCGAAGCUGGCACGAAGAGAGCCCCUUUGAAAAGCAAUUUAAACGCAGAAGCUGCCAGAUGGAAUUUGGAGAGAGCAUCAUGUCCGAGAACAGGUCGCGGGAGGAACUGGGGAAGGUGGGCAGCCAGUCCAGCUUUUCGGGCAGCAUGGAGAUCAUCGAGGUCUCCUGAGAAGAGAGGCUCUUGUGACUUCUAUGGACAGUUUUUUUCUUGUUCACAAAAAAUAUUCCCUGUAAAUCUGAAAUAUAUAUAUGUACAUA